AUUAUCUUUAUGUUCAAAAUGGCUUCAUCUUCUGCCAUCCAUUUCUUCCUUCUCUUAAUAGCCUUUUUCUCAGUUUCCUGCUUAUCAGCAUCACAUGCUCCGAAUACCAAACCACACCCAUUUAUCCUUUCCAUUAAGAAAGACCCAGCAACCAAUCUGUUCUAUACUUCAGUAGGCAUAGGAACUCCUCGACACAACUUCAAUCUAGUUAUUGAUCUUGCAGGAGAAAACCUCUGGUAUGACUGUGAUAAUAACUACAAUUCAUCAUCCUACUGUCCUAUCAAUUGUGGCUCAAAGACAUGCCCCGAAAUUGGAUGCGUUGGCUGCAGUGGCACCUUCAAACCAGGUUGCACAAAUAACACCUGUCCUUCUGAAGCUUUCAACCCAUUAGCAAAAUUCCUUUUCGGUGGUGGUCUAGGUGAGGAUAUCAUAUUCAUUUCUCAACUGCAAGUGCCUGGCUUGCUUUCUAGCUGCGUUAACACUGAUGGAUUUUCAUCAUUCACUAGUAAUGAUUCACCUCUAAAUGGCUUACCCAAAAGCAGCAAAGGGAUUAUAGGCCUUUCAAGGUCACAACUUGCUUUGCCAACACAGCUUGCAUUGGCUAAUAAGCUUCCUCCCAAGUUUUCUCUCUGUUUGCCUUCUUCAAACAAGCAAGGAUUCACCAACUUGCUUGUUGGAGCUGAGGGACAUCCUCAGGAAGUUUCCAAAUUUCUCCAAACCACCCCACUGGUUGUCAACCCCGUUGUUACAGGUCCAAAGUUUGUGAAGGGUGUUCCUUCCAUUGAAUACUUUAUUGAUGUCAAAUCAGUUAAGAUUGUUGGCCGUGUUGUGAACCUAAAACCUUCCCUUCUUUCCAUUGACAAUAAGGGCAACGGGGGCACCAAAAUUAGCCCCAUGAGUCCCUUCACUGAAUUAGAACGCUCUGUAUACAAGCCCUUUGUUCGAGAUUUCCUCAAGAAGGCUUCAGACAGAAGACUAAAGAGAGUGGCAUCAGUGCCACCAUUUGAGGCAUGUUUCGAUUCAAGCACCGUUGGCAAUUCUGUAACUGGAUUUGUUGUGCCAACUAUUGAUCUAGUGCUACAAGGGGGAGUGCAAUGGACUAUUCAUGGUGCAAAUUCCAUGGUAAUGGCAAAGAAAAAUGUAGCAUGCCUAGCAUUUGUUGAUGGAGGGACAGAGUCAAGAAUGUCGUUCGUUAAAGCUUCAAUUGUUAUUGGUGGACAUCAGUUGGAGGACAAUCUUUUAUUGUUUGAUCUUGGUUCCUCCAAAUUAAGCUUCAGCUCCUCGCUUUUGCUCCACAAUGCUAGUUGCUCCCACUCUUGA